UUUAAGGUUUGACGUUAGUACGUUUGACAGGACCACCGAUCAGGUCAAUGACGUUCCUUCCUUAGUCCUAUUCGCAAUUCGCAUUUAUAACUACCUAAUGCUUGUAAAUAUAUGUUCCGUGAUCGUAAUGUAGUAUCGCGAUUCGCGACUAUCGUAUCAAGUUUUGUGAUAGUGCCUAUUGAAUUCAAUUUGAUAAAAACGUUAUAAUAUAUUCCACUAUUUUAUCAUGUUUGGCAUCAAAAUCAAUUUCAUAUAUUUUUGAUUAUUUUGUUGUGUUUUUCCGUAAACACUCGCAAAACCAAGUGUGAUUUUAUUUACAAUAAUAACAUAAGGAAUUAGGAACUAAGUUCUUUAUACAUGAUGGCGACUACAUUGUGCAAAGAUGAAAGUGAUUUUAAGUAUCGUCGGAUAUUAGAAAACCAUAAUAAUUGUACUCAGUAUAAUAAAAUGUAUUGUUAUCAAUUUGUGCAUGCAGUGAUGCUGGUCAUAUUGUUCUUAUUGUUUAUACUAAUAGUGCUAUAUGCCUUAGUUGCAAUACCAAGACUACAAGGUAAUAUCCAUACUAAACAGAGAGAAAUCAGUGCAAGGCCAGUCAGCAGUGUAAAUGGUGAUCCUUCUAAAGUGCUUUCCUGUUACUACAACUUUCCUAGUGAGGAUGGUGAUCAUGAGCUGAUGCCUUCUGAUAUACACCCAUACCUGUGCACACACAUUAAUGUUGCUUUUGCUCGGGUAGUAAAUAAACAAAUAAGUCUAGAGCAUCAUGAGUACACAAGAUUACAGGAGGUUGUAAAACUGAAGCAUUCAAACCCUGAGCUUAAAGUUUUGCUGUCUGUUGGUGGAGCUGGCAAUGAUAAUGGAUUUUCAGAAAUGGUAAUAAACCAUGCUUCUAGGAAAACAUUUAUCAAGUCAAUUAAGAAUUUGUUAAGGAACUAUAGCCUUGAUGGCAUAGAUCUGGACUGGGAGUUCCCCGCUCUGCAUGGAAUGCAAAGCGGUGCUCGUGAACGACAACAUUUCUCACAAUUGCUCAGAGAGAUUAGAAUGGAGUUUAUCAGAGAGAAGAGAGACUAUGUUCUGACAAUAGCAGCAGCUGCUCCACAGAUCAUUGUAGAUGUUUCAUAUGAUAUUGAUCAAUUGAAUCAGUAUGUGGACUUUGUGAAUGUCAUGACUUAUGAUUAUCAUUACUACACAAAGUACACUCCUUUUACGGGUUUAAACUCUCCACUGUAUCCUAGAGCAUCGGAGCAGUUGUACUUAGCUACUUUGAAUAUCAACUACACUGUGCAUAUGUACUUGAGCAAAGGGCUAGAUCCCAGUAAGAUUGUUGUUGGAAUUCCCACUUAUGGACAUAGCUUCACUUUAGUCAACAAAAAUAAUCAUGGAGUAGGUAGUCCAGCGUCUGGGUUUGGUUCACUUGGAGCAUUGGGUUUUGUCAGCUACCCACAGGUGUGUACUUUUAUAGCAAAUUUUUCAAGUGAUACUACUGUACAACAGGAUAGUGAGGCUAAAGUAUCUUACCUAUAUAACUAUAAGGAAUGGGUGUCGUUUGAAACACCCCAGAGUGUCACGGAAAAGGCUCAAUUCAUAAAACAAAAUAACUUGCGUGGAGGAAUGAUAUAUUCCUUAAAUGCAGAUGACUUUGAAGGAAUAUGUGAGCAUGGAGAUGGCCACAGCAGUAAAUUUACACUGUCACUGUCAGUGAGGAAUACUUUGAUGAGAUUUAAUAUUCAGAAGUAAUUUGAAAAGCUACAGACAGAAUUAUUUUAAAUCUUAAGGAAAGAAAAUAUAGACAUGACUAAAUUAAUUAUUUAGAAAGUUACAUUGUACCUGUUUUUUCCUUGUCACAUAUGUUAUUUUGUACAUGGUGCAGGUUCUCAUAUUUCGUGUAUUGCGACCAAACUACACUAGUUCACUAGACAGAGUACGUCGGUGGGUGGUGGCCGUGGCUUAGCUGGCCGGCCGUGGGUCGCCCACGCCGGGCGCCGGUCGCUGCGAGUGGCCGGCGGGGCGGCGGCGCUGCAGAGCGCGGCCGCAGCGGCACUGCCGCGCUCAUCGGCUGCGCUUCGUGCGCCAGCUCGGUGCUCAACCAGUCAGAACCGCACGCGCCGCAUACAUUAAACUCAUAAUUAACUUUUACAGUUGUAAAAAAUGUAAGAGUGUUGCCUUACUGUUUGAUCAACCCAAGGGUUUCCGCUCCAACGAGUGCGCUUAGGACGGGCACUUUUCCGGUACGGUUGCAAUGCAAUAGACACGCGGCGACUUGAUCUAGGGAGCCGGUAAUGAGAACACUACUAGUGGAUUUUCAACUACAUAUAAAAAUCCUGUAUCAUUACGGUCAUAACUUACCCAAUGAGCAAAGUGUACCUUCAUUGCAAAAAUAUUUAUAUUAUUUAGAAUUCAUUUAUAGUGUUGUGAACCCAAUAACCUUUCGGUACAUACAAUAAGUACUUACUUUAAUCCUUUUCGAUUAAAAUAUUUAUAUGUUUUAAUUGUCAAUGCCGAAUGAGUUUUGGGCUAAGGCCACCACACUUGGCUGGCAAAAUAACGAAUGAGCGAGAUGAGCUCGAUUCCGUUCUAGGUAGUGGCGACUCAUCGCCUGCCACCUUACUAUGUUUAGAAAGCUGGAUGCUAUAAUUUUCCGGCAAAGUUUAGGAAAUAAACCACAGUCCCACAAAACCCGAUUAUUUUUACGUUAAGUACCUUAGUAACUUUGAAUUUUUCCAUAUCGGUUCUCUUAUCGAACGGGGGUGAAUUAUUUCUUAUAGGUUUUACAAAAAUUCGUCACUUUUAUAUUAAAGUUCUCAACAAAGUCUUUGUAUGUUGAAACUGUGUCACCGGUUACGCCUUUGAAACGGGCUGGAUGACUUCCCACGAAGUUAUCCCGUAAAUUAAAAUAGAUAUUUUAAGGUUAACCUAAGAUACCAGACUGUGAUAAGUAGAUGAACCUAGUUCAAUGUGAUGGUUAGUUUUGUUUAAAAAUGUUCAUUGUUGGAUUGUUAUAAUUCAUGAGACACGAAGUAGGUUCAUAUGAUAUGUGUGUAUUGAUUGACGGCAUAGUGAUUACCUAUAUUGACCAUAACGCUGUUUUUGUUGCACAUUUUGUGAUAGUAACUACCUAUGCAAAGUACAAGUGAGUAGGUACCUAUGUAGGUAACUUCUUUUCAUUAGCCGUAGCCGUAACUGUAUGAACUUCCUUCGUAUCUCAUACUCUACUUAACUAAUAGGUCAGCACUUCAGUUGUUUUACCCACAUAGGUACUUAAGUAAGCAUGUGGGUAAAUAGUUAUUUCACCACACUACGUCUAGUAUUAAAAUACAGAUUUUGAUGUUAUUGAAAAAAUAAAGCGUAGUUAUUAAUA